AUGGACAAGAGUUGGAUGGCGAUAAAUAAUAGUUUGACAAGUAAAGAGUAUCAACAAGGGGUGAAGUCAUUCCUUGAUUUUGCUAUGAAAAAUUUAGGCGUAGAUGAUGAAAUUAGGUGUCCAUGUGUCGAUUGCAUUAAUGGCACAAAAUAUAGCAGACAAGUUGUGUGGAUGCACUUGAUCCGAAGAGGAAUGGCAUCUUCGUAUAUAACUUGGGUGCACCACGGGGAACAUGUUCCCGUGUCUCAUCCUAGUGUACCAAAUAACCAAUGUGGAGGUAGUGGCGAAUAUGAUCAUACCGACGAGGAACCUAAUGGUUUGGAGAGGGAGGAUUUGCAUAAGUUCAUUACGUUAUUCGAAGAUGCACAACGCAAAGUUUACUCGACAUGUGAAAAGUUCUCUGUGUUAUCAUUCAUCAUUAAGAUGCUUCAUGUGAAGGUGUACAACAAAUGGAGCAACAAGUCAUUCGAUAUAGUUAUGCAAGUAUUCAAGGACAUUCUACCAGAAUGUAAUCAAACUGUUCCAUGGACACUCUAUGAUGCUAAGAAGUUCUUGCGUGACUUGGGUUUGGGAUAUGAAACAAUUCAUUCGUGCAAGAAUGAUUGUCCACUAUUUUGGAAGGAGAGUGCUAAUUUGGAGAAAUGCCCUACAUAUGAUGCGUGUAGAUACAAGUUGAACGAUGAUGGUGGUAAAAAGAUUCCACACAAGAUAUUGCGGUACUUUCCUUUGACACCAAGGUUGAAAAGACUGUAUAUGUCUAAAAAAACAGCCGCAAAUAUGAGAUGGCACAAUGAGAAGUGUGUGGAUGAUGACAUAUUAAGGCAUCCGGCCGAUGGUGAAGCAUGA